AUGCCGCAGCGCCGACCCCGCGGCCGUGUGCGCCAAGUUCUGUCUCCCGUCACACAACCAGCAGCCACCGCGCGCCACGCCUCGCAGAACAAACCCACGCCGCCGCCUCCUCCCCUCCUCCCACGCGCGCACAGAAGAUCCCCCUCCUCCUCUAUCCUCUCUCCUCUCGUAGCCAUGGCGGUGGUGGACAAGGCGGUCGCCGGGGGCGGCGAGGCGCAGCAGCGGGAGCCGGAGCCGGAGCCGGCCGCCGAGGCGUCGACGUUCGCUGAGCUGGGCAUCUGCCGCGAGCUGGUGGAGGCCUGCGACGCCAUGGGGUGGAAGCAGCCUACCAAGAUCCAGGCGGGUGCCAUCCCCCACGCCCUCCAAGGGAGGGACGUGAUUGGGCUGGGGCAGACGGGGUCCGGGAAGACGGGCGCUUUCGCGCUGCCCAUCAUCCAGGCGCUGCUCGAGCACCGCCAGCCCUUCUUCGCCUGCAUCAUGUCGCCCACGAGGGAGCUAGCGAUUCAGAUUGCGGAGCAGUUCGAGGCGUUAGGGUCAGCAAUCGGCUUGGUUUGCUCAGUGCUUGUUGGAGGAGUUGACCGGAUGCAGCAAGUGUUAUCCAUUGCAAAACGUCCACAUAUUGUGGUUGGAACUCCUGGCCGUCUUUUGGACCAUUUGAAAGAUACGAAAGGUUUUAGCCUAACUAAAGUGAAAUAUCUGGUACUUGAUGAAGCUGAUAAAUUACUUAAUUUGGAGUUCAAGGAAUCACUUGAUGAUAUUCUGAAGGUCAUUCCUAAAGAAAGGAGAACUUACCUUUUUUCAGCCACAAUGACCAAAAAGGUCAGCAAACUGCAACGUGCUUGUCUCAGAAACCCUGUUAAGGUGGAAGUAUCCUCCAAAUAUUCUACAGUGGACACACUUAAACAAGAGUGGUAUUUUGUUCCUGCAGAUUACAAGGAUUGUUAUCUUGUUCAUGUUCUGAAUGAGUUGCCAGGGAGCAUGAUCAUGAUCUUCGUGCGAACCUGCGAGUCAACAAGACUCCUUGCUCUCACUUUAAGGAAUCUUGGUUUUAAAGCUCUCUCUAUCAGUGGCCAGAUGAGUCAGGACAAAAGACUAGGUGCUUUAAACAAGUUCAAAGCAAAAGAUUUCAACAUCCUUAUCUGCACCGAUGUGGCGAGUCGUGGUCUUGACAUUCAAGGAGUUGAUGUGGUUAUGAAUUAUGAUAUUCCAAUGAAUUCUAAGGAUUAUGUCCAUCGGGUUGGUAGGACUGCGCGUGCAGGGCAAUCGGGAUAUGCCGUCUCUUUUGUGAAUCAGUAUGAGGCUGAGUGGUUUAAGCUGAUUGAGCAGCUCCUUGGAAGGGAAAUUCCGGACCGGAAGGUAGAUAUGGAUGAAAUCCUGAUACUUCGUGAGCAUAUAUCAGAUUCAAAGAGGAUUGCACUGACGAAACUGAGGGAGGACGGUGGUCACAAGAAGCGAAGGAAGGCGGCGGAGGACGACGAUGAUGAAGAAGAGGAGGCUCCAAGAGGUAACCGACAGAAACCGAGGUCUUUCAAGAAAUCAUCAAGGCGGUGA